GUCUCAGAUUCUCUUUUCGGUUUUCUCUCUUAUUUAAAUGUCGAUUUCCUUACCGUUCCUUACCGCUUCUGUGCGAGUAAAAACCAUAGUUUCUUUGUCUGGUAAGGAUGCCCUUAAAGCGUGUUUUGUGAAAAUUGCAAUGCCGUAUUCAUAUUAUGUCUUUAUGUUUAAAAAUUUAAAAAGUUAAUAUCAAUAAAAUAUUGAGAUCGUGUAAACGUGUAUUGAUCCGUAUUCUACGUGACCGACCACACUUCCAGUGUGUAUGCCAUUCCACUCGGUUGCAAUCGAGCUUUUUGGUGUAAAAAAUAAUAUUUUACGGUUUUCACGAUCGUUUUUUUUUUACUGUUCUACGGUGUUUUGAAUUUCGUCAGAAUUUCUAAUGAUAAAAGUCUUGUAUGAAUAGUAAUUGCAUGCUUAGUCUUAGUAAGGUAAAUUUGGUCGAUUUAUUAAAAGUAUUAUGGAAUCUAAAAACGCCGAGUCUAUAGACAAAUUAGAUCAAAAUAAUACGUUUAUUGAAAAUGGUAUACCUAAAAAAGUUGAUAAGAAUAAUGUAAAAGGUGAAAAACGUAAAAAAUGUUUACGCGACAAAACAGCUCCAAGACCUCCAGAUUCUGCAUACAUACAAUUUUUAAAUGACAGACGCAAACGAUUUCGUUCGGAAAAUCCUAAUUUAUCAUUUGCUGAAAUAACCAAAGUUAAUACUGAAUGGAACCGGUUGUCAACAGAUAAAAAACAACUAUAUCACUUAGCAGCUGAAUGUUCAAAAUGUAUUGAAAAAUUAGUUGCAGCUUAUAAAAAGACAAAUGCAUAUAAAAAUUGUAUUCAACGUAAAAUGAAAGAGAAAAAACUUAAUACCCAAAUCCAAGAAGACGAAGAGGAUGAAGAAUUUAAAAAAGAGAAAUCACCUGGUGAUAUCAAAUUAAAAAAGUGGCACUAG